UCGGUUGGGUAUUGAUUACACUCCACAAAGAAACCGAAGCCAUUGGUUCAACUACAUUGCAAAAUAUUUAUUUCCCUACAUACAGUAAUUCUAAAGUAGUUUAUGCUAUCAUCCACUUUCUAAUGUGGGAGAUUUUUACCCAAGUACAAAAUUGCAUACUUUGAGCAAAAUAAUAUGUAUGUAUGUAUUGUGCAUUAUUCUUCAUAUCUCGCCGAGUUUUGAUUGACCAAUUCGUAAUUAGAUUUUACAAAUGAAAUUAACAUUUGAAGUGCAUUUUGAUUCCUACACCGUGCAACAAAUGAAGUUUGUGACAGUGGUUAUCGGAGCAAACAUCGUCACACUGAUCCCAUUCUUCUGGGAGGGAGCCUCCUCCUACACCGUCCUUUAUUUUGUCGUCGCUGUUUUCUUGCUCAUAAUAGAUUUCACUUUUCUCGUGGGUGAUGCAUUCAUUUGGAAGAUUUCAUCCAGCGAUAUGAAAAAUAUGGAGAUUGGGCUAUUCACCUUUGGAGGAUUAGUUCACCAAUUAUGUUCUAUUCUGAUGCUGGCCCUUGAGAGAGGAAAGAGCACUGAUUGGAAUGAUAACAAGCAUAUGAGUUCUUUACAAAUUUACGUCGCUGUAGGUUAAAUUAAUUUUAUUAGGGGGAUAUUAAAAUAAUCAAAAAUUACUCUGUGCUGGAUACAUGCGAAUGGAAUUCUUAAUGGGUUCAUACACUUGGCAGUUGCUCACGGAAUUUACACCUUGGAUCGUCUCUCCACCGGGAGGCCUGGCGUCAGGUCGGAAGAAUCUGCAGUGGCGUGCUCAUCAAGUCAAAGAUAUCGUGCUAGGAAUAUUGAUCUUCUGUUGAUUCGCCUACCCAGUGCUCCGCCGACAUACUCGGAUGCGAUGCAAGAUCCGCAUUCGACAAUUAUGUAGAUUUCAGUACAUAGGCACAUACAUAU